GGGGGGGUCUAUUGGAAUAUCUUGCUUUCAUUGUGGAGGACCCUGUGUCUAGUGUAGAGGACAGGACAGGAUAGCUUUAGGCAAACAGUUUAAUGCAAAGGUUUUAAUACUUUGCCACAACUCUGUUAGUGGUUCCCUUGAGGGGGUGAAAAGUAACGGGGGUGUCGGGUAGCUUUUGGGUGGCAUGCACAGGUGAUGUCACACUGGCAGUUAAAGAAGAGGACCCCCAGCGACCCCCCCAGGCAUUGCCGCAUGGGGUGCUGGGAGAGUCAGGGCCGUGCACGUUUCCCAUCUUGGCUGGAGGUCCCCAGGAAGGACCCUGCUGGCCUCUUCUCUCUGGCAGGCGAGAGCGGGAGAGCUCCCCUCACUGGACUGCAGUGUCACCCUGGUGUGGCCGAUGCUGCGGGCUCACAGCGCUGCAGAUGAAUGCUUCUCAGUUUCAGUCACAUGAGGAGGAGUGACGGUUGUUUGCCAGCCCCUAGAGACUUCGAACCGGGUGAGAGGAAAGGGCCGUCACAGCUAGAGAGAGAAACGGAGAGAGGCAGCCAGGUUAUGCCAACAGCGCUUGCAGUAACUCAGCAGAGAGAUCUGUAGAGAGAGGGACUGUGCCCGUGCCUUAUCUGUGUGGGUUUAUUAUACUGGGAGAGACAGACUGCUGGGAGGUGCUGGGAGCCAGAGUAUUCUUCAGUGUCCCUGGACAGUAUCGUGAGAUUGAGCUGAGAGCAAGCUGGCUGGUUUGUGAGAGGGGGAAGCUUAUGAAGAGAAAGUGGCCUGGGUGAAGAGAGAGAGAGAGAGAGAGAACAAUAUAUAUACAUAAACAAUACAGGAACAGUAGGUAAUACUUUAGGAAGAGAAAAGUCAAAGACAGAUACUGAGAAGAGAGAGAGAGAGGAGAAAGUGCUGGAAAAGACUACAGCUGAUAACUGGUUCUAUGAAGGGGAGUGGAAGGAAGCCAGACAGACAGGGACAGGGACAGGGGAGAGAAGCUGGACCGAGAACAUUGAGCCCGGAUGGAUUCCACCAGGACAAACUGAAACUCACAGUAUCUGUGAAGAGCGAGAAGGAAUCUCUCGCGCUGCCCAGUAAAGAGAGAAUGCUGGAGCGAUCCGUGCUGUCGGGUCUGACUCUGAGAGGCUGAAGAAAGGAGGCUGGAGAAAAAAAACAAAGAAAGCAAUCAUUUCUAAAAAGAACUGGAAUAUCUGAUCCUCUGUUAAAAUGGGCCUGUUUCAUUCCGGCUAUUUGGAUGCGAAGCAGCGCAAGUACCUAGCAGGUCGCACCGUCGCUGUGCUGAAGAACUUCAUCCCGCACUAUCAAAGGCAGAGCGCAGCCACCUAUCUGGAGCACGUCCGCAAUGAGGUGGAGCAGAGAGGGGGGGAGACCACACAGCUUCUGCACUCACAGGAUGCCGUGCCCCUGGGGGAGGUGCCGCGGGAGGGGACCCUGCUGCUGUUCCAGGAUCACAAGUGGAAAGAGCGCCAUCUGCUGGUGACUAGAGACUUAACAGCGGAGUGCUAUGGCUCCAAAGAGGCCCGGUCCACACUGCUCUUGUCAGCCUGUCAGAUCUGCACCUCUGCUCAGCAAUUCCGCCUCCUACUGGAGGAGUCCUGCCACUACACCACAGGGGGUGGCGAGUUGCCCCUUUGCCCCUCUGAGUUCCCCGUCUUCCUCCUGCACCCCUACUGCGCCCCGGUGUGUGUAUGUGCCCGCUCCAGAGAGGACCAGCGGGGGUGGCACAGAGUACUAGGCAGCGCAGUCAGGCACCACAGCUCAGCGCUGCACAGGAGACCCAGCUGUGAAGCCAAGGCCCUCUUGGAGGCGGUUCGCUUUUACAGGCAGGAGAAGGGCAGCUAUGGGAGCAGGGUUCUGACAUUGGGCUCAAAGGAGGAGGUUCUCAGUAACCUGGUUAUGGAGGAUGUGUUGCCCUGGCUGAGGGACCAGGUGUUCCCCCAGCUGCGAGUGUCCCAGGGGAGGAGGACCAGCACCUGGAUACAGCUGGUCUGGGAGGUGCAUAGCCGGGUGAGUCAGCAGGUCUCCGUGGAGUUGAGGGUUCUGAAGGAACAGGACACUCUGCAGCGCCCCCUGCUGGUCGGGAGGAUUCGCACCAACCUGGACCAGAUCGUCCAGCUGCAGGAAGAGAUUGCAGGCAGGCUGGCAGAUCACAUGUCUGCAGUGAUUGAGCAGAGUGUGACACGC